UCGUCGUUGCAUCUUGGUGAAGUGUGUCUCAGUCGGCUGCUGCAAGUCACCAGGCACCGACUUAAGCCCCAUGUUGCUAUUACCAAACCAGAGACUACCCGGACGAGACUAUUCCCAUUCCUUGCGCAGAUCGGCCCUGCACAUGGCCACAGCACCAUGCCAAGGACACUGGAUCCCCGAGUUCGAGAUCCUUCCGUGUAUAAACGAAGAAUUUCUCGUGGUGCGGUACCACCAAAGGAUUGGUGGCCCCGCUGAAGCUGACAACUUUUGCAUCAGUGACUUGAAGGAUUGGCUUCAAGGUAGAUUCAAGGUACCGAAUAAAGGGAAGGCGUCUCCCAGAUUCCACACUGGUUGACGGCAUGGAAUCGCUCUUCUUGGAAUAAUCCAUCAGGGAAUCUGCCAAGAUGCGCUUCUCAGUCGGGUUUUCACACCUCCUCUCAGCGCUCCUCCUAGCGCAAUCUCCAACACUAGCGCUCGCCAUCCCAACAACCCGCCAAUCCGGAAACCUAGCCUUCCUUCCUGACGAUGCCCCCUUCACAUUCUCCUAUUCCACACCAGACACCAACGCAAAGAACUGGAUCGGCAUCUACCGUGCCUCCGGCGGCGGACCGGAAAACCAGACGUAUGUAGAGCCCUCGCUGGCCUGGGGAUACGCGCCCGCGUCCAACGGAACGCUCAAGAUUGAGAGCGAGGCGUUGGAAUUAGUCCCUGGCGACUACCGCGCUUUUUUUCUCGCCAAAGACGGGUAUGCGUGGCUUGCGUCGCCGGUGGACGUGAGGGUGCCGUAUGCUUCUGGGCCGGUGGGGUUCCUCGUUGAUGAGGUCACGCUGAGGAAUGCGCGGGUUGGGGAGGGGUAUGAGGCAAGGAUUGGGGGGUUGAGGAGCCGGGGCGGGGAUGGAGCUGUGAGGUUUCGUAAAGUCGAUGGGAGCGGAUGGGUUGUUGUGUCGGAGGAUGGGGUCGUAUCCGGCACGCCUGACGGCGCGGGUCCCGCGAGAGUUACGAUCGAGGUGGUUGUCGUGGAGGCUGCGGAUGGGGAGGCUGCGCGGUUGGAUGUUACUAUUCCCGUGCGGGACGUCGGCGCACCGCUGGUGGAUCAGUUGUCUGUCAUGUCGUUCAAUUUGUGGCACGGCGGGACGCAGGUAUCUGAUUACCACGCCAAACAGGUGCGGUUUCUGGCCUCGAGCGGCGCAGACGUCGUCGGCGUGCAGGAGAGCACGGGGGGCCACGCCGCGCGAUUGGGGGAUGCGUUGGGGUGGUUUGCGUGGCAGGGCGGCGAUGUAGGGUUCGUGAGUAAGUACCCUCUUGUCGGUGGUGCUGCGCACGAGGGCGGGACGUAUGCUGCGUCUGUGAGGGUUGUGUUGGAAGGUGAAGAAGAGGAGGAGAAGAAGCAGAAGAAGAAAAAGGAGGAGGUUGUGUUGUGGAAUGUGCAUUUGGGGUAUGAUCCGUACGGACCGUAUGAUUUCUGCUUUGAGAAUAUGACGGUGGAGGAAGUGCUCGCGCGGGAGGGAGAGUCAAAGAGGACGCCGCAGAUUGAGUCUGUGGUCCAGGCCAUGGCUGGGCCGUUGGCGGAGGCGGAAGCGGUGCCGGUGGUGUUGGUGGGUGAUUUCAACGCGCCUUCGCAUCUGGAUUGGGUUGAUGCCACGAGCGGGAUGCAUUGCGGACAAGGGGCGGUGCCGUGGCCUACGUCUGUUACGCCGACGGAGGCCGGGUUGGUUGACUCGUAUCGGGUUGUGUGGCCGGAGCCGGGGGCGAGGCCGGGGAUUACUUGGUCGCCGGUGUUUUUGGAGAAUGAGGGACGGCCGGAGCCGAUGGAUAGGAUUGAUUUUGUGUAUUUUAGGGGCAGGAAGUUGGAGGUUAUCGGGUCGGAGGAGGUUGUGGUGGGGCAGCCGGCGCCGGAGCCGGGGCAUGGGGGCAAUGAGUGGACCUCAGAUCAUGCUGCUGUUUUGACGAGGUUUAGGGUGAGGAGCUAGGUUUAUACACCUUAUGGUAUGCC